AGUCGAGGAAUUCUUAGACGUUCAGAACGACGCUGAGCGUCGAGUACAGCACAUUGUUAUUCGUUUUUGAAAUAAUAUUAAGAAAUUAAAAUGCGUUGUUGGAAAACUAAAGAAAAUAAAGAGGAAAGUGAGGAAAAGAAAAUUGAUGAAAUUAAAAUGAUUAAGGAUGACGACGAAAAAAUUAAUACCAUACAAGGAAUUUUCGAAGACAGUGUUGUUUUAGAAGAUGCAAAUGAACGAGCAAUUUUUGUAACAAAAUCUCCACUUUUUUGUUGCGUUUCUCACAUAACGGAUCACCUGUUAUUAUCAUCGGCUACAGCAGCUGAUCCAUCAGCGCUGGAGUAUUUCAAAAUAACCUGCGUGAUGAACGCUGCUGCUGAAUUACCGGAUACCCCGAUGAGAAAUCCAUCAACGAAAUACUUUAAAAUAUCAAUAUACGAUAAUACAACAGCAGAUAUUCUUUCACACUUGGAUUAUACAUCGGAUACAAUACACAAG